AGAAAUCCGUGCUUCUCCGGGACACCGCUCUCGCCCGCUGGAUCCCACCUCGGACUUUCCAGUCAGCUGCCAAGACGGUUCCUUGCAGUUGCUCGCUACCACGCACAUCGCGUUAAGCGUGAAAGUGUCCGCCUUUCACUUGAUGGCGAAUCAAGGGCGGCAUCUUUCCCGCCCACGCUUACUCUGCAGAGUGAUGAUUCCUCAAUGGUGCGUCCGAGCCGGGAUGCGUAUUGCAUCCAUCUCGAACUAGCUCGACUAGCUCUAGUGUUUGGGAUAUCAAUAACAUGUCGAAGGAUUCACGACAGGGACAUGGGGGCUGUGGUUAAAAGCCAGCCGUCCCUAGCUAGCUAGAAGGAACUCUCUUUCUUCCUCUCGUCGACGUCUAGCUUAUUUUAACUGUCAUUUCAACUUGUUUUGCCUCAGCUAAUUAAUUACCUACCAACCUAAUAAUCGGCAUGGCCCCAGUAUAUGAUAACAAGGCCCAAGCGGCCUACGACUACAUUGUCGUCGGCGGCGGCACAGCUGGCGCCGCCGUGGCCACGCGACUGAGCCAGACCCUCCCAGAUAAGGCCAUCUUGCUGAUCGAGGCCGGUGCUUCGGCUCUCGACGACCCUAAUGUCAACAUCCCUGGCCUGUUCGGCAGGGCCUUUGCAACCAGCCUCGACUGGAACUUUGCGUCUGUCCCGCAGGCGGGCCUGAACAACCGCGUCACACGAGUCAACAGAGGCAAGAUGCUCGGCGGUAGCUCGGGCCUCAACAUCAUGGUCUGGGACCGGGCCAGUGCCCCCGAAUACGACGCGUGGGAGAAGCUGGGCAACCCCGGCUGGAACUGGGAGUCGAUGGUGGCCGCUAUGGCCAAGGUCGAGGCAUUUACUCCGUCGCUCGACUACGGCGGCACCGCAGGAGUCGGCACCGCCGGGCCCAUCAAGACCAUCAUCAACCCCUACGUACCCGAGCACGCAAAGUUGUGGAUCCCAACGCUCAGCAGCCUGGGGGUCCCCCUCAACCUCGAGUCGCUGGGCGGCAAUCCGCUCGGGGCCAUGUUCCAGCCGAACACGAUUGAUCCCAAGACCUACACCCGGACCUACGCUGCCAACGGAUACCUGCCCGCGGCCGGCCCCAACCUGCAGAUCAUGACGGACACGCGCGUAGCCAAGAUCAACCUCGACGCGUCGCCUGCAUCCCCCAACCGCACCGCCACGGGCGUGGCUCUCCAGGACGGCACCGUCAUCCACGCGCGCAACGAAGUCAUUCUGUCAGCCGGCUCCAUCCAGAGCCCCGGCCUGCUCGAGCUGUCGGGCAUCGGCCAAAAGGCCGUGCUGGACGCGGCCGGCAUCGCCCAGAUCGUCGAUCUGCCAGGCGUAGGCGAAAACCUCCAAGACCACGUCCGGGUGCAAGCCACGUACCAGCUCAAGGACGGCUACACGUCCAACGACCGGCUGCGCUUCGACCAGGCCGCCGCGGGCGAGCAGAUGGCGCUCUUCCGCGCCGGCAGGCUCUCCAUGUUCGACUACAGCCUAUCCUCGUUCGCCUUCACGAACUGGGAGCAAACCGUUGGCGAGGCCGCCGCCGCCGCCCUGACGGCUGUCGCUACGCAGUCAGCCGCAGCAAGCCCGACGUCGAACUCCUCGGCCGCCACCGUGACGGCGGCCAAGCUGGCCUCUCUCGCCAACGCCGCCGUGCCGCAGGUCGAGCUGAUCUACGCCAACGCCAACGUCGGCAUCAAGCGGUACCCGCUACCCGACGACCCGCUAUACGGCCAGCAGUUCGUGACCAUCAUGGGCGGGCUGAUGCAGCCGCUGAGCCGGGGGCGCGUACACGUCACAUGCACCGACAUCGACACGCCGCCGGCCAUCGACCCCAACCACCUCGGCAGCGCGUACGACGUGGCCGCCGCCGUGGCCAUCAUGCACUUCGUGCGGCGGGUCGCAGGCACGGCGCCGCUGCGCGACCUGUGGGCCGCCGAGUACGAGCCGGCCCUCGACGCCGGCGCGUCCGACGACCAGUGGCGGUCCUACGUCCGCGACACGGCGGUGAGCAUUUUCCACCCCGCCGGCACCUGCGCCAUGCUGCCGCGCGCGCUCGGCGGCGUGGUCAGUCCUGAGCUGACCGUGUACGGCACGGCCAACCUGCGCGUUGUCGACGCGAGCGUCAUGCCCGUGCUGCUGUCGGCGCAUCCCCAGACGGCCGUCUACGGCAUUGCCGAGCGCGCGGCUGAGUUUAUCGUGCGCGACUGCAAGGCCGGGGGGAGGUAG